CUUUUCUGAAUUUGACGACUAUCGCAUCUUCAACCUUCAUCGUAAUUUUAAACACUAGAAAAUCUCGUUCUAAAAACUCUAUCACUGAUAUUGUUUCUUCUUGCGCUAUUAUAACAUUUCUCAAAGAUUGAUGUAAGAAACUCAAUUGAUGUUUACAACAAUUUCAAUAAGUGGGUCUUCUUCAUCAAAGGGUUCAAAAUUCGUGUUCGUAUCUCUCUACAGUGUUGAGCAUUGGGUCUGAUUCAUUCAUACAACGCUUAUUCGAGUUUUCAUUUGACAAUUUUGAUGAAUUUUGAGAAAAUUCAAAAUUUAAAUUACGGACCUAAAUAAGAAAUUAGAGCAGAUUACGAACCCUAAAUUCAAGAUUUGUAGUAGAAAUGAACAUUAACAACUAAAUCCUUCUUAAUUUUGAGAGGAAAUUGUGAUUCUUUUAUAAAAGGAACAAGGAUUAAUGGUGUGGAAGAAGAAACAAUGGAUUUUUUAAAGGUGAAAAGAUGACCAGUGGAGAAGAAGAAAUUUAUCGUCAAAUUUCUGUUUCUGACGUGCCUAGAGGUGGUGACAACACCUCCCAUGACAGGUUCAGUAAAUGGGAUUCAGUGUGAGCUUUGAUGAAUUCUUAGGUUUUUUCUCUAUCUCCAUUUGGUAAAGACAACAGAUCAAGAUGGAGGUCAAUGAACCUGCGAAAAUAGCUAUAGUUAGACCAGUAGCUUCAAGGCCAAGAUGUCCUAUUUACAAAUCUUUCUCAGAGCUCUUAGCUGGUGCGGUAGAUAUCUCAUCCACAAAUGUUCGUUCUGAAAUGGCGAUUACUGCCAUAAGACCAAAGACUGUAAGGCUGAAGCCUGUAACAAACCAUGCUUUAGUUGGAGAGAGCUCUUCACAGGUUGGCGUGUCUGAGGCACCAGGUGGUUGUCGAUCAGAUUACAUCCUGCAAUCGGUAGAGAAACCCAAGGUCCUGUAUAAACCCAUAGCUAAACUUGCACCAAGGAAAACAAUUCCUCUCCUUGAAAAUAAGGGAAGCUCUGCAUCUGAUCAGCGACGAGAAAAAGCUGAUGCUAAGGCUGAUGCCCAAUCAGCAAAAGAAGCUAAACAACAUCAUGACCUUACGACAGAAUCUAAACGAAGUCUCUUAGCAAAAUCAGGAGAAGACAAAAGAAUAGUGCAUUCAACAAUCGUAUCAGAGAGCACAGAAGAGGUUCCACAGUCUUUGAUCAACACAAGUAAUGUCGAUCGUCCUAGUUAUGAUGGAUAUAAUUGGAGAAAAUAUGGACAAAAGCAAGUUAAAGGAAGUGAAUACCCGAGAAGUUACUAUAAGUGCACGCAUCUAAAGUGUCCUGUGAAAAAGAAGGUUGAAAGAUCAUAUGAUGGUCAGAUUGCUGAAAUUGUUUACAGGGGUGAACACAACCACCCAAAGCCUCAGCCUCCAAAGCGCAACUUGUCAGACGUACAAGUGCGAGCAGCCGUAUGCAAUGACACUUCUAAAGAAACAAAUAACCCUGCAUGGAGUAACCAACAUCCUCAGACAAGUGAAGCUUACGUCUGUAGGAUAGAAAAUCCGAAUGAUGUCGGGUUGACUAUAAAUUCAGCUCAUUCUAGCAAAGCACCAUGCUUUUAUGAUCCCAUUGCAGCUGCAGGAAUGCACACUGAUGCCGGAAAUUCUGAAGAUUCUGCUGAAGGAAGUAAAAAGUUGAAGGCUACUUGUGGUGACACAAAAACUAAAAGAAGGAAAACUAAAGGCCUAUGCAAUGGAGCAGGUACAUCAGGGGAAAGUACAUUUCCUUAUAUUCCAAAACAAAGUACCACUGACUCUGAAAUUACCGAGGAUGGCUUUCGCUGGAGAAAAUAUGGACAGAAGGUUGUGAAAGGAAGUUCGUAUCCCAGAAGCUAUUAUAGAUGCACAAGUCCUAAAUGCAGCAUGCGUAAGUUUGUUGAAAGAACCAUGGAUGAUCCAAAAGCCUUUAUUACUACAUAUGAGGGAAAACACAACCAUGGUGUUCCAAACAGAAGACCAAAUUCAGAGGCAUCCAAGACAAGCUCAAAAUCUUCAGCUAUGAAAGAGAAAUCAUAGUGUCCGCGAUCAGAAUAACCUCAUCCCAGCAAAAAUAAACUACAUGCUAAUAUUAUACAAUCAAGAAGAUGGUUUAGCAAAUCGGAAAUUAAUGAAGUUAAUCUUAUUGCUGUAGUCAUUAUAUUUCCUUUGCUAAACCAUCUGAGAUCGCCAAAUGCUUGGGAGUUCUGUUUUGCUUGAAGAGGCUACUAUUGAGAUCUUUUCAAGCAUCAAGAAUGUAAACAAUCGGCCUCUUAUUAGUUAUCUAUAUAUGUUCAAGACAUAAAUAUUAAAUUGUUAAGUUGACAAACAGUUAUUUCAAAAUAUGAGUUUCUUAUUUAGCUUUUUUGAUA